GAUGGGGUUUGUCAAAAGAGACACUCAGACAGUCAUUCUGAUCACAAAGUCAGUCCUGUUCACUUCUUCAAAUGGCUCAUCUCAGUUCUAAGGCGAAAGAGAGGGCUGGCUUGGCUUACUUUAAGAAAAGAAGACCUGAUGAAGAAGUAGCAGCUCUGUCAGAUAUAAGAAAGAAGUUUUGUGAAAUUAUAAGAAGACUUCCUCAUGAACAUCUCCUCAUGAUCACCGAGCACUAUAAGCCCUACUUGGCCUAUGUGAUUGAAUAUGACAUCAAAAGCAUUCUGCAGAACAUGGUCACCAAUCAAAUCCUCACAAACAAUGAAGCAAAGAAAUUUAAAGACAUAGAAGAGUCUGAAGGUAGAGUGGGAGUGGAGUCCUUCAUUAACGAUGUGAUGAAGAAGGAUGGUGUAGUGUUGGCCAGCCUGUGGCUGGCACUAGAAGAAGAAUUUGCCAGAUUUCCAGUGACAACCUUGAAUAUAAUAUUGGAGGAGGUGACGGAUGGGGGACUGGAUCUCUUGGAGAAGAUUAAGGCCAGUCAGCAACCACCUUAUAUUGAGGCUCAUUUUAAAGAGCUCCAAGAGCAACACAGAAUGUCUGUGUCUGAAUUUACAAGAAACCUUGAGGAACAGACUUCUCCAGGAAAUCAAAGCACCAGAUAUGUGGGUUUUGAAAGUCGAUACACAGAGUUGAUGGUCAUUAAUCAGUACAGAAGGACCUAUAGUGAAACUGGCCAUGAAAUUCUGGAAACUGGGAAGACUCAUGUAGAACUGAUGGAGCAACGAACAAAGGAGAAAUGUGAGAGAAUCUGGACUGAGCAUCUUUUUAGAAGAAGUCCUCAAAGUGAAAUUUUCCCCAGUAUUGUAGUAGUUAGUGGAGUGGCUGGAAUUGGAAAGACCACCAUGGUCCAGAAAAUUAUGUUUGACUGGGCCAGAGGCACACAAUACCAGAGGUUUUCUUUUGUGUUCCUGUUUAAAUUCAGAGAACUCAACAUCCUUGACAAUGAACAGGAACCACAGAUGCCUCUGACCAGGCUGAUUGUGAGGUAUUAUAAAUAUCUGAAUAAUCAAAAACUAAAAGAAAUCCUAAAGAGACCAGAAUCGCUCCUGUUUAUUUUUGAUGGGCUAGAUGAAUACAAACACAAACUGGAUUUCACACAAAAGCAGCUUUGCUCAGGCCCUAAUGACUACUUUCCCGUCCAUAUUCUGAUCACCAGUUUGGUCAGCCGGACAUUACUGAAGGGUUGCUCGGUCCUUAUAACAAGUAGACCAACAGCCCUGGAGGCUCUGAACAUGGAAAGAGUUGAUCAAUUUGCAGAGAUCCUGGGCUUCUUCCAUGAACAAAGGCUGAUGUAUGUUAAGAAGUUCUUUGGUGACAGUGAACAUGGCUCUGAGGUUUUUGAGUACAUCGAGGAGAAUGCCAUCCUCUACACCAUGUGUUUCAACCCUUCCUACUGCCGGAUUAUCUGCUCUGUGCUGAAGAGCCACUUCAACAAACCUGAAGAAGAGCGAGGAGCAGCCCCCAGUACUGUAACUGAGCUCUUUGUAAUGUUUCUUCAGAACAUUCUCACCAAUCACAAGCGAGAAGCUGAGGACCUGCAAGGAAUUUUGGUAAAACUGGGAAAGAUGGCUUAUUAUGGGAUAGUCAACAAGAGGCUUGUUUUUUAUGGCAACUUUGAAAUGUCUACCUUUGGUCUCCAGCCACACCUGCCCUCACCGUUUCUCUCUGGGUUUCUCAAAGAGAUUUUGCAGAGAGAAAGCACUUUAGGGCAUAUGACAUACACAUUCUUCCACCUCACCCUGCAGGAGUUCAUGGCCGCCUGUUACUUCUACCUCGAUCCAUCAGCAGAUAUUAAUGAUCUGCAUGUGAUGCUGAACUCUUGUAAAGAUGGACGGUUUGAGAUUUUCACUCAAUUCAUGACAGGACUAGCCAGACCCUCUGUGUUUAAAACACUAGGUGGUAUCCUGGGAGAAUUUGAAAAGAAGACAGCAAAGCAGAUGCUGAUGUGGGUUAAGCAGAAAACUGAACAGGCACUGCAGAGUAAAAGUAAAAGGGAAAUUCUGCGAGUGUGUCAGUGGCUCUAUGAAAGUCAGAAUCGGAAAUUAAUCAGAGAUGCCAUUGGGAAGAAUUUAAAGAUGGACUUUAGUAAGAUUAAUUUAUCUCCUCUGGACUGCUCUGUUAUGGGUUCUGUUAUCAGCUUCUGUGAGGAACUUGAGGAAUUGAAGUUAUCUGACAUAAAUCGUAAGCCAGAAUGCAUCAAGAGACUGUCGCCAGGUCUUAGCUGCUGCAGAAAUGUCAUUCUCUCCGAUUGUCGUUUCACUUCCGAAUGCUGUGAUUACCUCUCAUUGGCUCUCGCUGCUGAACAUUCAUGUCUGAUGUAUUUGUGGCUGACGGGAAAUUACCUGGAUGAUUCAGGAGUGCAUCGAUUGUGCGAGGGGCUUAGGGACACAAACUGUAAACUGGAGAAAUUGGGACUGAGCUCAUGUAGACUCGCCUCAGGAUGUUGUAAAGCUCUCUCCUCAGUCCUCUCUUCUAAACACUCACACCUUACUGAGGUGUGGCUGAACACCAAUAAUGUGGGGGAUUCAGGAGUGCAAAUGCUGUGCGAGAGUCUAAGGAGCCCAAACUGCAAAUUAGAGAAACUGGGCCUGCGGUCAUGUUAUCUCAGCUCUGGAUGUUGUGAGCCCCUCUCUUCUGCACUCUCUGUUGAUCAUUCUCGAGUGACCUGGCUGGAGCUCUCAGACAAUAACCUGGAGGAUUUAGGAGUGCGUCUUCUGUGUGAGGGGCUGAGGAGUCCAAAUUGUAAAUUACAGAAACUAAGUCUGCUGUCCUGCAGUCUCACUUCAGGAUGUUGCGCGGCUCUCUCCUCGGCCCUCUCCCUUAAACAUUCACUAAUGACUGAGUUGGAGCUAUCAUAUAAUAAACUCGAGGAUUCCGGAGUACAUCUAUUGUGUGAGGGGCUUAGAGAAGAAAACUGCAAAUUAGAAAAACUGAAGCUACAACAGUGCGGUUUCACUUCUGGCUGUUGUGAGUUUCUUUCCUCUGUUCUCUCUGCUGAUCACUCCAGACUGAUUCAAUUGGAACUGGGAAUGAAUAAACUGCUGGAUUCAGGAGUCCACCUGUUGUGUGAGAGACUGAAACAUCCAAACUGUAAAUUGGAAAAACUGGGGCUGCAGUCUUGUGGUCUCACCUCUGAAUGUUGUGAGGCUCUCUCAUUGGUUCUUUCUACUGAGCAUUCCCAUCUCACAGAGCUGUGGCUGAGCAGCAACAAUCUGGAAGAUUCAGGAGUCCAUUGGCUCUGUGAGGGACUAAGAAACCCAAACUGCAAACUGAAGAAAUUGAAGAUGGAUAGGAGUAGGCUUGGUGUGAACAAGAGGAGGAAGCUUCAGUGUUUAUUGAUGGAGCUGAAAGUAUCUGGACGGCAGUUGGAAAUCAUUAAAUAGGAAUCAGCUGUUACAAAUAGGUUCAGAGCCUGAUGAAAGAGUACAAGGAGAUAAAGUGCAAGGUGAAGAGAGAGGUGGCGAAGGCUAAAGAAAAGACGUAUGAUGAGUUGUAUGAGAAGUUGGACACUAAGGAGGGAGAAAAGGACCUGUACCGAUUGGCUGGACAGUGGGACCGAGCUGGGAAAGAUGUGCAGCAGGUUAGGGUAAUAAAGGAUAAAGAUGGCAACGUACUCACAAGCGAGGAGAGUGUGUUGAAAAGAUGGAAAGAGUACUUUGAGAGGCUGAUGAAUGAACAGAAUGACAGAGAGAAGGUUGGAUGAGGUGGAGAUAGUGAAUCAGGAAGUGCAACGGAUUAGCAAGGAGGAAGUAAGGACAGCUAUGAAGUGGAUGAAAAAUGGAAAGGCCGUUAGUCCAGAUGACAUACAGUACCUGUGGAAGCAUGGAGGUGUUUAGGAGAGAUGGCAGUGGAGUAUUUAACCAGAUUGUUUAAUGAAAUCUUGGGAAUUGACAGGAUUCCUGAGGAGUGGAGAAGAAGUGCACUGGUGCCGAUAUUUAAGAAUAAGGUUGAUGUGCAAGACUGUAGUAACUACAGGGGAAUAAAAUUGAUGAGUCACAGCAUGAAGUUAUGGGAAAGAGUAGUGGAAGCUCGGUUAAGAAGUGAGGUGAUGAUUAGUGAGCAGCUGUAUGGGUUCAUGCCAUGAAAGAGCACCACAGAUGAGAUGUUUGCUCUGAGGGUGUUAAUGGAGAAGUACACAGAAGGCCAGCAGGAGUUGCAUGGUGUCUUUGUGGACCCGGAGAAAGCAUAUGACAGGGUGCCUCAAGAGGAGUUGUGAUAUUGUACGAGGAAUUCGGGAGUGGCAGAGAAGUACGUAAGAGUUGUACAGGAUUAUUACGAGGGACCUGCAACAGUGGUGAGGUCUGCGGUAGGAGUGACGGAUACAUUCAACAUGAAGGUGGGACUACAUCAAGGAUCGGCUCUGAGCCCUUUCUUAUUUGCAAUGGUGAUGCACAGGUUAACAGACGAGAUUAGACAGGAGUCCCUGUGAACUAUGAUGUUUGCUGAUGACAUUGUGAUCUGUAGCGAUCUGAUUUUUUGGAAGAAAUAAGUGGAUAGGACUGGCGCGCUUUGUUGGGCUGAAUGGCCUGUUCUCAUCUAGAAAGUGUUCUAAUAAAGAUAGUAGGGAGCAGGUUGAGGAGACCCUGGAGAGGUGCAGAUGUGCUCUAGAGAGGAGAGGAAUGAAGGUCAGUAGGAACAAGACAGGAUACAUGUGUGUAAAUGAGAGGGAGGUCAGUGGAAUGGUGAGGAUGCAGGGAGUAGAGUUGACGAAUGUGGAUGAGUUUAAAUACUUGAGAUCAACAAUACAGAGUAAUGGGGAUUGUGGAAGAGAUGUGAAAAAGAGAGUGCAGGCAGGGUGGAAUGGGUGGAGAAGAGUGUCAGGAGUAAUUUGUGACAGAUGGAUAUCAGCAAGUGUGAAAGGGAAGGUCUACAGGACGGUAGUGAAACCAGCUAUGUUAUAUGGGUUGGAGAUGGUGGCACUGACCAGAAAGUAGGAGACAGAGCUGGAGGUAGCAGAGUUAAAGAUGCUAAGAUUAGUACUGGGUGUGAUGAGGAUGGACAGGAUUAGAAAUGAGUACAUUAGAGGGUCAGCUCAAGUUGGACGGUUUGGAGACAAAGUUAGAGAGGCAAGAUUGCGUUGGUUUGGACAUGUGCAGAGGAGAGAUGCUGGGUAUAUUGGGAGAAGGAUGCUAAAGAUAGAGCUGCCAGGUAAGAGGAAAAGAGGAAGGCCUAAGCAAAGGUUUAUGGAUGUGAUGAGAGAGGACAUGCAGGUGAUGGGUGUAACAGAACAAGAUGCAGAGGACAGAAGGAUAUGGAAAAAGAUGAUCCGCUGUGGCAACCCCUAACGGGAGCAGCCGAAAGAAGAAGAAGAAGAGGAAGAAUAUGUGGUGAGCAGCGACAACAGCAACACCUUGUGUCUGGAAGCAAUUUCACAAUAUUCACAUAUAAAUAAUGGAAUGAAGAAUAUUGACAUUAAACUUGUGAAGACAGUGGACACUCAAUAUAACUGAACAUAAGCAUUUGUCAAAGAGGUCAUCAAGAGUCCAUCGCUUAUUUUGAAUGUGUAUUUGUAUCAUGUGAGGUCAGACUACUUUUCUGAGCAGUUUCCCUUUGGCCUCCAUGAACAAUUAAAUAACACUAUAGAAUCAGAUGUGUGUUACUCUAACCUUCAUGUGUAGUUUUGUAUUCUCACUGAGUAUUUCUAGUACUGUAUGCAUAUUUCAUCAUGAAUAAAAACAAAAUUCUUAAA